CACACACAGACGGGGACACACACGUCUCGUUUCUCACUGGAGACGCUUUAGUCCUCCGAGCAGAGAGGCCGAAUACCGUCGACCCUUCAGCCGCCUUUUAUCUGGGAGAAGAAUUCAAAAAGCGCAGCCAUGGGGAAAGGAUGCCUCAGAGUCACCAAGUACUUUCUAUUUAUCUUCAACCUCCUCUUCUUUAUCUUCGGAGGGUUGAUCAUGGGCUUCGGCCUGUGGGUCCUCUUUGAUAACCAGAGCUUCAUCGUUGUUCUACAGGAAUCGUCAGACACAGUGAAAGUGGCCUCUUACAUUCUCGUCGGAGUGGGUUCCCUGUCCAUGGCCAUGGGCUUCUUCGGCUGCAUCGGAGCCAUCUACGAAGUCCGCUGUCUGCUGGGUCUGUACUUCACCUGCCUGCUGCUCAUCCUCAUCGCCCAGGUCACCGCUGGAGUUCUCAUCUACUUCCAAAGAGAUCGGUUAAAACACGAAAUGUCCAACAUCAUGAAGGGCAUGAUCAUCAACUACACCGGCCAGAAUAGGACCACAGAGCACAGCUGGGACUACGUUCAGAAGACGAUGAAGUGCUGUGGAUGGACUGGUCCAGGCAACUGGUCUGAGAACAUACUGAUCAAGAACAGCUCCCUGAACCUCUACUCGUGUUCCUGUCGCAAUGAAUCCCUCCCUGGCACGGACGUCAGGGAAGUAGGCCUCUGUCAGCGUCUGUCUGCAGAAGCGCCCAUCUACGAAACGGGCUGUUUAGCCAGUGUGGAGAAAUGGCUCCUGGAAAACUGUGGAGUUAUUCUGGGAAUCUGUGUCAGUGUGGCAGUCAUAGAGCUCCUCGGGAUGAUCCUCUCCAUGUGUCUUUGCAAGAGCGUCGUCCAGGAGGAUUAUACCAAAGUACCCAAGUACUGAGCUUCACACCACGCACAGAUGGAUGGACUCCUUCCCCUUCUUUCUGUCUCUUUUCUACACAGACACCUCUCAAAGUUCCAACACAACUUAUUGGACUAUUCUUGUCUUAUCAUUUCAUGUUUUUUAAGGAGACAUUUAUUGUGUAUUUUUGUUAAUGACCGAGAGUUAUUUGAUAAAACGCAAAUGUUUGUUUAGGAUUUGUUUUUGUUUUCCUUGGCGGACCUCAAUGAAUAGCUCAUAAUAGUUAGUAGCGAGAGCACUUUAGUGACAUUUGGGACACACUGUAAGAUGAGAGGGGCGCGGUGGGUGGGUGGGUGCAUGGUGGACAAUCCCCAGGAUUGAUGCCACUUUGUAUUUCUGGUGUGGAGGGCGGAGGAGAGGGCAGGGCUGCUGCUGUGGAGGUUCUGGCUUCUGUCAUCAGCUCCUUGUACCCAGAAGCCCUGAUAUUAACCUCCCUUUACACCCGUCAUCAUGGCCUCCUCCUUCCUCCCUCCAUCUGUUAUCCUGUCUGCCCUCCUCUCGGGUGUGUCUGACUGUAGCUCUGGAAAAUGGCUACUUUGGCCUGAAGUUAGUGUAUUUUUUAUUUCUAAUUUUAUAGUCUCAUGACAUCAUAUCUUCUUUUUUACAUCUGUGUAUAUAUGACUGGUGAGGGCUUGGUCAGCGUUUUAUAGGAGAAAGCUGUCACCCACAUGCUCUAGUUUUAAGCGUGCUAUUGUUUCCUCUCAGUUGUUAAUGCUGUACUGAAUGUGGUGGCCACAGCGGCACUAUUUGGGUAUGAAUCUGAGAAAUUUGAUCCUUCAGAGUGAAUCUGUCAUCACUAAUGAAGCUGUAUUUUAAUUUCUUUAUCAUUGCGUGAGUUUUACUGAGAAACGUAGCUUGCAGUGAUUGCAACACCAGAGGCAGCCAUGAGCACGUUCUAUCAAAUCAUGCUCAUGUUUUACACCAACGUUGCUUUGACUUCCCCCUGCCCACUCGUCAUCUCAGUUCCUCUCCUUCUAACACGCUAUUAUUGAAAAAGGUGUUAAAAAAAGGUCAUAACAGUCAGCAUAUAUUUAAUGGGCUGCCAAAAUGAAACUUUAAUUUAUCUUAAUGAGAGAUGAAGGCUUUUUAUUGUGUGUUUAAGGUAUUUUUUCACUUUUACAAAAAAAAGGAAUAUUGUUUAGUAGAAUAUAGAAAGAUGUGUGUUUGUUUUUAUUAUCGAGGAUCAUUAAUAAACCCUAACCCAGUAGAAUCCA